UCCUUUUCCCUUCACCUAUUAACAACGCAGUUCCAAGCACGAAUAAACGAAAAGAGAAACAAAUAAAAAGAAAAUCGCAAAACAUAGCACUAAAAAUACAUGCUACGAUUGAGUCAUAUAGACACACCACCAGUGAAGGAAGCAUCGAAAAGAGUGCGUGCGACGACUGUGUGUUGCCUCGGCUGUCGUGUGUUUUUAUUAGCGCAAGUUCCUUAAAAGGGGUAAAUAUUGCGGACCUACCGUCGAUUGGAGAGCACAGUUCUCGUUGAGCAAGUAUAACACAUUCCACCGGAAGGUGAAACGGCCAACGCCAAAGGCAACGAAUUUGCACAACCUCCGACAAUAAGCGUCAUCAUCGAGUGCGAAACACGCCAGUCUGAGGAUCGCCCAAGCUGCCACCGAACGAAGAGAGUAACGCAGCUGCACUUGUGAGGAUUUAAUCACACAAAGAUGACUAAAGAUGGACCACCGCCGUACGGGUUCGUGCCGCCACAAUCGGCACCACCGAGCUAUGCGCAAGCCGUAGGGGGUGUCCCUCCGUCGAGCCCGUUCACACCGCAGCAACCGGUACUGACCGGAGCACAGAUCGUUACCACGGUCGUGCCGAUCGGGCCCCAGUCGACACACAUGAUAUGCCCCAGUUGCCAUGCAGAAGUGAAUACUAAGACGACAACAUCGCCAGGAAUGAUUGCCUAUGUGUCCGGGUUUCUGAUCGCAUUGUUCGGAUGCUGGUUAGGAUGCUGCCUAAUACCUUGCUGCAUUGACGAAUGUAUGGAUGUACAUCAUACGUGCCCACACUGUAAAGCAUAUUUGGGACGGCACAGGCGAUAAACCUGCGCGACAGCUAUAACAGAACUUGCCCUGUCUGUGUGCGUGUGUAACGGGUGGUCUAAUAAUUGUUUGGCCUAUGAUAGUAAAACACAUUUUUUGGCUAAAUUUUGUUUUCCCUAUUCAAAAUGUAUCGAUUCAAGAUAUACCAAUUAAAGUAUAUAGUAUAUAGUAUAGAUUUUAUUUUGGUCAUUGGUUCUCACUGAUUUGUGACUCAACAACUCGUUGUUGUUUUCGCUCCAAUGUGAGCUCGCAUGGAGCAUUCUCAUAAUCAAAUAUUUGUGAACGAUAUGAGCAUAAUAUUUGCUAUCUUGAUUUGAUAUCUUUCUGGAUCAACUUCACUUUACGGUUGUUUUUCAUUAAUUUGUGGAUUUUUUUAAUGUUUUCGUCGGUAUCUUUUACUAGUGCUAUGUGAUAGGCCAAACAAUAAUCAGCCCACCUGUUAGUUCAAUCCAUCGAUAAAUGUCAAAAGACAUUGCACUGCCCAGACGGAAGUAAACAAUGAACGAACGAAGAGAAAUUGUAUCGUAUGUGUGUGCUUAACAAUUCCAAAUCCAAUAUGCUUCAAA